AGCUCGUGCCUCUGAAAGAGGAACCAACAAGAAGAAGUGACCCGGAGGGGGAGGAGGUGUCUGUCCUCCAGGUGGGGAGGGAGGGGGGCACAGUUUUUAUKCUGAACCAGUCAGGAAGAAGCAGCAGCAACAUGAUGGAGGUCACGGAGGCUGAGCAGCUCGUGGAGGAUGCCGAUCAGAUCGGGAGGCCCCUCAACAGCGCCGCGAACGAACUGCUGAACGUGGACCAGGAGGACAACAUGCAGGGCCAGAUGGAGGAGUUUCUGGGCCCGCAGGCGCAGUACAACGAGGAGGAGGAGGAGAGGAAAUACUACAGGAGGAAGAGGCUGGGAGUCAUAAAGAACGUUGUUGCAGGAAGUUUUGGAGCCAUGAUGGUUUACAGCAUUUACAUGGGUCUGCUGCAGAUGCAGCUGACCCUCCACUACGACAUGACCUACAGGGAGGUCAAGUACAGCAACCUGGGCCUGGAAGACAUCGACCGGAAGAUGCUGAUGGGCAUCAACGUCACACCCAUCAUCGGCCUGCUCUACACACCUGUUCUCAUCAGGUUUCUUGGUACAAAGUGGAUGAUGUUCCUGGCUUCGGGGAUCUACGCUCUGUUCGUCUCAACAAACUACUGGGAGCGAUACUACACUCUGGUUCCUUCGGCUGUCGCCAUCGGGGUGGCCAUUGUGCCGCUGUGGGCCUCUUUGGGAAAUUAUAUCACRAGGAUGGCGCAGCAGUAUUAYGAGUACGUCAACUACAGGGAGGAACAUGUUCAGGAGCAGAAGAAGCCUCCAAAGGGAGCGUGCCAUGGCUACAUCAUCAUCUUCCAGUCGCUGUUCUUCGUCAUCUUCAACCUGAGUUUCGUCCUCGCCGAGCUCCCGAUGCGCCUCGUCCUCCACGACCACCUGCACGAGAACAAACACAUCCUCGCCAACGUGAAAAUCUGUGGCGCUGCGAUCACUGGGAUCAUACCCGGCUUCAACACGACCGUGCUCACCCACCUGCCCCGCUCCAUGCUGCUCAUCGAGGUGGAGAGCGUCCUCAUGGGCUUCGCCUUCCUCGCCAUGAUCAUCUUCCUCCUUCUGUGUGGCCCCGCCUACCGCCCCACAGAGGAGAUCGAUCUGCGGAGUAUCGGCUGGGGAAACAUCUUCCAGCUGCCUUUCAAACACCUGAGGGACUACCGCCUGCGACUGCUCUGUCCGUUCUUCAUCUACAGCGGAUUUGAAGUCCUGUUUGCCGUCAGUGGAUUCUCCCUGUCCUACGGAGUCUGUAUUCUGGGCCUGAAGUACUUGUGGCUCCUGAUAGUGGUCUACGGCCUCUCCUGCUCCGUGUUCUCCCUCCUCUCCCUCAGCCUCCUCCGCUUCCCUCGGUGGGUUUGUCUGAUCGGGGGCGCUGUGGUUCACGGGGUGCUGCUGGUGGUCCUGCUGGCCUUGUCUGUAAAACCUGACUCACCUCAGUACCUGGGCCCCCUGCUGGUCAUCGCUGCGCUGUGGGGACUCGGGACCGCCCUGAACAAGACUGGGGUCAGCAUUGUGGUUGGAAUGUUGUACGCUGAGGAAAAAGAACGUCUGGACUUUGUUUACACCAUCUACCACUGGUGGCAGGCCAUCGCCAUCUUUAUAGUCUACCUGUGGUCCCAGAUGCCCAUGAGGGCCAAACUCUCCAUCCUGUUAGCCACUCUACUGCUGGCCUGUUACUGCUACUGGGUGAUGGAGCGCCGCCUGGCUCAGAAAUUAAAGCCCAGAAUGCCUCGCAUCCCUCGACCGCGACACAAGGUCAAAGGUUAUCGCUAUCUGGAAGAGGACAACUCAGAUSAGUCUGACGAGUCUGAUGAAGAUGAGAGUGAGGGGGACGAUGAUGAUGAUGAUGAGGAGGAGGUUGUUGAGGAGAUGGGGCGUGGGGAUGAGGAAGAAGGGGCUCAGGAGGGCCAACCCGAGGAGGCGGACUCACCCAGACCCCGGAGGAGAGGGGUCGAGGUUCAGCAGCACAGAUGGGAGGAGGAAGAGGAGCGGGAGGAGUGAUGAAGACGGGGCGGUGCACAGAUGGAGAUGAAGAUGCUGUUGUGUUUGGACUUAUAGAUAAACCAAAACAAACACGGUGUUAAAAAUAACUAGAAUUUAUCAUCCAGCAUGUUGAUCAGUAAACAAACAUCUGAGUCAGAUUUUCUGUUUAACACUGUUUAACAGAUGUGUUUUAUCUUCAUCUGCUACAGAUCAGGAAUCUGAAAGACAACUAUUCUAAACAAAAACAUAAUUUGUAAUUAAAAAAAAGAUUUCCACUUAGCCAAGCUAACAAAAAGAGCUUAAAGUUAGCUUUUAUUUUUGUUUUAUUUUGGUAGUUUUUACCAAAAUAAAAAGGUGGGGAAUAAGGUUGAAUUAUAGCAGAAAAACUUGUCAUUUAGUUUAAUAAUACAAUAAAUAAUUAUCCAGUGGUUCCUGAUUUAAAUCACAAAAAAGCAUCACAUUCAUUGCAGUAAAGAGUGAGAGCUCCAAGAAUUUUAUUUUCCCCACAGAGUUUAUUUUUCUAAAUAAUGUUUGUUUUGUAAUUUAUAAAACUCUGAUUAAGUUUAGAAACCUAAGAAAAUGUUCAAAAUUAAUUUAACUUUCAUAAUUAAAUUAGAAUUAUUCAAUAAAAAAUUAGUUCAUUAGAAUCAAGUUAUUUAUCCGAUCUGUGGUCAACUUCACUUCCUGAGAUUUAUUUUUAGUUUUUACCAGAGAUUCAGCAUUCUAACAUUUCUAGUUUAUUUUACUUGAGUUUUCUCAUACCUCUACAUUUCCUGAUCAGAUGUGUGAUAAAAACAUCUGAAAUUUUUAUUUUACAGUUUUAUUCUUCUCCGUCUUUGCAGAAAUCAUUUUACGUCUUUUGCAGAGUCGUCGCUGACUAAGUCUUUUAUUUUGAAGGUCAUUUGUAAAUAACUUUACAGAAGUCUUAACAUAUUAGUUAAAAUCUGAGACUUUGAGAGGGGAAAAGGGUUUUAGUGAUGGCAAAACARAACCGCUGUUGUUUAUUUCUGUUGACGCAUUUUAUUGUAAACUUUAAAUCUUUUCGAGGUCAUUUGUUUCAGGUUUCAAAUUUCUUAACAUCUGAGAAUUCAAAUAAAUAUUUUCUAUAGUGUUUACCAAAACGACUGCUACCUGCUGUCAUUUGCUUCUGCAGAGCGCUUAUCUGCAAAAAAGAAAAAAGGAAUGAAAAAAACAGAUUGAUUUUCUUUUGAUCACAAUAGUUUGUAUCAGAGAGCUGCAGCAGGAUGUGAAAAGGGUUUUUCUUGCAUUACCUUCAGACUUUAACUUGAAUAAAAACAAGUGAAAAACACAUGAAGAGUUUAGCUUUUGUGCAGUUCAAGUGAAUUUUGUGAAAUCAGUUUGCGUCAAACCUCAGAAGUCAAAUAUGGAUUUACAGAUAAUCCAUCAAGUCCGUUCAGCCCUAAAGUUUUUAAAAAGUCUGACAAACAGGGCAGUUUUAGAGGUUUUUAUUUUCCCAUGACGCAGGAAGCUCUUUGUCUGAGCUGAAUGAUUAAUCCUAAUAGCUGCCCUUCUCUCAGAUGAAAGCCGGCGUGUCAGAGGAGGAAAAUCACUGCUGGGGGAUAAUAACCUUAAUUAGCUGCUCUGAGUUUCAGGGUCCAGUUGUUGUACUUUUUGUCGUGUUCUGCUGGACACUGAGCUGAUUCACAGCUGACAUUAUUCAUGUGGUCAGAUUAGUUCCUGCUGGAGAGAAACCAAAAUAUCUGCUGUGAAAGAAAAGAUCCUAAUGAUGAUGACUGGUGAAAUUUUCAAACCUGCUGAUUUAGUGGUGGCAGGGAUUUUCUUUGACAGAUUACAGCUUGAAAGGACAAAUGCUUUAAUGACAGCUGCUUCAUUUUUUUUGUUCCUUGUUGCACCUUUACCAGAACAUUAGUUUGUAAAACUGCAGUUUUAAGAUGCUCUGCUGUGAUGUUUUCAUUCAGAUUGUCACAGAUUUGUGAGAUUUUGUACAAGAUAAGUGAAAAACAAUAUUCUUUAUGUUAAUUAAAACAUUAAAGCUGUAAAAUUACCUGCAGUUUUAUGAGCUGCGCUGCUUUAUGUUGCUUUGUGAAGUUGUCUUGGAGUGAUUUUAAAUAAAGUUUCAGUUGAAA